GCACAAAGACCAGUGUGUGUGUGUGUGUGUGUGUGUGUGUGUGUGUGUGUGUGCAGUGUGCAGUCUCCUCCACGCUGUGAGUGCGCAGCGCCUUGCACAGAUCUCGCUCCGGUGUUGGAACACGAACGCCUCCCCACACCGCUGGAGCCUGCGGACCUUUUCCUGCAGUUUUUUUCUCUCCUCGUCACCCCCUCGCCUUUCCCCCCGCCGUGGCUUUUUUUUUGUUUCCAGCUGAUAGUCCGAGCCCGAACACCGUCGGGACCUGCGAAGAGAGAAGCUGCGGGAGUGGUUCUGGAAAAGUGCAGCCACCAUGAGCACGGGAGCGGUCAACCUCGAUACCUACAGCCUGUCGCUGCUCACGGCCAAGGAGGACAUCCUCAACCCCCGCUCCUCCGCCAACUGGGCAUUAUUUGCAUAUGAUGGAGUGACCAACAAGCUCAAACUGGCUGACUCGGGAGCGGGUGGUGUGGCAGAGCUGGCGGGGAAGUUUCACUUAUCCAAGCCGCAGUAUGGUUUGUGCAAGGUAGGGAGCGGGGAGACGGGAGGCCUUCGGAUUGCGCUGAUCAACUGGGUCGGACAAAAUGUCGCUGACUACCGAAGGACAGAAUGUGCCGGCCACAUUCCAGCCAUCCGGAACUUCUUCAAGGAAGCGCAUGUGUUCGUUAGCGCAGAGAAGGUGGAGGACGUGACGGAGGAGACGAUAAGAGCGGAGCUCGGCAAGGCACAUGCCCAGGCUCCUGCACAGUGGGCGAGGAGGAGCUCCAGGUCCGCCGACAAGGAGGAGAUAGUGGGUACAAACUACAGAAAAACGAAUGCUGCAAUGGAGAUGAGACGCAUAAACCGGGACUCCUUCUGGGCACGUGCAGAGCGCGAAGAGGAAGAGAGGAAAGACGAGGAGAAGAGACGGGCCCUCGAGGAGAGACGGCGCCUCGAAAAAGAAAGAGUCCUGAAGGAGAGAAGGGACGCAGAAGAGAGAGACAGGAAGAUGAACGAGAAACUGCAGAUGAUCGAAGAGCAGAGAAGAAAACAGGCAGAGCAAGAAGAGGAGCUGCGCAGGAAGGAGAAGUCGAAAUGGGAGCAGCAGAAGAGGGAGCAUGAGGAGGACAUGAGGGCUCGUCUCAGAAGGAGUGAGUCCAUAGAGAAAGCAGCGGAGGCAGCAGUGCUAGUGUCCCAACGAUCCAUGAACCCCCGGGAGUUCUUCAGACAGCUGUCGUCGUCGUCAUCACAAAGCCCCACCAGCCCUGGAUCCUCCCGCACCGGCAAACCACUCAGGCGAUACCAGCGCAGCCUGACGGACACCGCGUUUAUUUUCUCAAAGGCAGAGGAGAGCGCCGCAUCCUCCCCUCGCAGUUCCCCGCUGGUCUCACCCUUUUCCCGGUUUCCUCCCUCACCCGUCCACCACACCACGUCUCCCCCCAGAAGCCCUGAUUUCCGCCCUGUCACCUCUCCGCAAAGGCCCAGAGCCCCCAUGUCACCGCCCAUGUCGCCUCUUCGCCCUGCCCCUCCACUCUCAGCCCUGCCCAGUGUGCCACAAACGAACAACCAGGUUCAGGCCGCCGUUGAGCCCAGAGCUCCAUCCCCUACAGAACCCUCUGCGCCCCCGGCCUCCCCUAGCCUCUUGGCCUCCUUGUCCCCCAGUUCAGUUAAAAACAACCCCACUCAGCCACGUCCAGAGGCCCUGCCUGCCUCACCCCCAAAUACCCCAACCCAGCCAGAGGACGCCACUUUCAACUUUGAGCCUGGUCUGCUUCCACAGGCUCCAACUUCUCCUCUUCCUGAGGGACCACAGCCAAACACAGACCUCCACACAGCCUCUCAUGUGUACACUGAGCUGGUCUCAGACACUGGAUACAAAGUACAGGCUGUACUGGUGGAGGAGGACGAGGAAGAGGAGGCUGAAACACAACCCCAGCCUGGUGCUGUUACCACAGAACCCGUCCAGACUGAAGUAGAAGAGCAGGAGCCGGAGGAGGAGGUGGGAAUGGGAAAGCAAGAGGAGGAGGAGGAGGAGGAGGACGAGGAGGAGGAGGUGGAGGAGGAGGUGGUGGAGGAGGAGGAGGAGGAGGAAGAAGGAGAAGAGGAGGGUUUGAAACAAGGAGCUGGGUCUGCAUCUCACGAGGAGCCAGUGGAGGUGGUGCAGGAGGAAGAUGAGGCGCAAGCUGAUGGAGAGGAGGAUGACCAAUCAGAGGACAGUCAGGCCCCGGCCGAGCCUUCAGAGAAAGAACAAGAGUCAGCAGUCACAGAUGCGGAGCCAGUUUGUCAAGAAAUCCAACACGAGAGUGUCGUCCUGUCAACCAACGGGAUUACAAACGGAGUGGACACGCAGAAACAGAAUGGCAUAGGGCGAUCUUUGAGUCCGUCUGACACGGAGCUCAGCUCCCCGGAGCUGGUGGUGUGCUACGAUCAUCACGGCACGGCAGAGGAGGAUGAUGUCACCAAGCAUAAGGAACGGGAGAUCUCAGAAAACGGACUAGAGGUCCUAACCGAGCGACAAAUGUGCGUCAGAGCUCUGUAUGACUACCAAGCAGAGGACGAAUCGGAGAUCUCCUUUGAACCCGGUGACAUCAUCAGGGACGUGGAAACGGUUGACAAAGCCUGGUGGCGGGGUUGGAGCAAAGAUGGCCGCCAAGGCCUGUUCCCUGCCAAUUAUGUGGAGACCAUAUAGACCGAUGGAGACACACACACACACACGCACACACGCACACGCACGCACACACACACGCACACACACACACACACACACACACUCAGGGACACCAUCUCCCCUCACAUUAAUGCAUGUUUUCACCUUAAUCAUCCCAUUUACACUUUGUACUCUCUAUUCUGUAGAAGGGAUAAAGUUUUAAUGUUUUUAAGAAAACGAAGUAUGCAGAAACUAGCCAGCCUGAUUUUCUCGGAUAAACUAGCAGACUUUUUUUUUCUUUCUUCCUUGGACCAAAAUAACUUAUUUCCUUUGAGAUACAUUAGGAAUGUUGGUGGGAGGGAUCACAUCAUCAUGACAAAUGAUCACAAACUUGCUUUUCUUGUAAGCAACACAAACAGAUUUUUAUAGUGUAUCGUCCUCUUUUCGAUCCACACGUAUAAACAAGCGUUCCUUUCUGCUCACCGUUUGCUUUGUGUUACACUGCUAAAAAGAUUUACUGCUCUCGACUGGCAUACAAGCUACAUAAUCAUGACUUGUGUAUCAGAUGUCGCGUUAUAAUCAUCUCCCGCAGUUAUUUUGUCUGUAUUUGUUACUGACAGUCUCACAGCACAUGUUAAUUACCAGAGCAGCAGUCAUAACAAAAGAUCAACAUGUAAAGGAAAAAGGCACUGUAUUGACACCUGUAUUUUUCUAUUACUUUUGCAUGGGCUUCAUUUGAUUGGUAUGGUCAUGUCCUUCUAUACAUUUUGUGAUUGUCUCUCGUCCUAAUUCUUCUCAGAUUUUAAGAGAUUGUGUCCAUACACAGAUGGUAUGAAACAUAAUCUUUCCAGUUUAAAUCACCUGUCACAUCGUAAUACUCCACACUGUAUAUAAGAAUGUAUAAAAAAACAAAAACAUCAAAGAGCUCCUUUUGUUCAAUCUCUUUCUAUACUUGGCUUGUAUGUUUGUAUGUUGUUUGCUUGUAUGAUUGUAUGACCUUUGUAUUUACUCUAAACUUACAAAUAUAUAUCGCUUUUACAAACUCCA